CGUCAAAACGCGCGCAGAAUUUCGCGCCAAUUUCGGCCCAGCUCGAGCGGUCGCGGUUAUAACGGUACGGAACGCUAUUCAGCGUUGAGCGCUUUCCUGCGGUUAAAAUUUCGAGGAAGGCUUUGUGCCACUCACAGGCAUUACCAAGCGUCAACGCAACGCAGUAGCCAUGGUGCGAACGAAGGCGGACGGUGCCAGCCGAGCUGUUGGUGCGAAGUCCUUCAGGAAAACUUUGAGCAGUCCCGGAGCUGCCAGUUCCAGUUCCAGUUCCAGCUCACCGGGUUCUCGAAAGACCAAAGGAGAUAAGUAUGGCGGUGGCAACUCUUACUGUCCACGGCCAACUCCACCCUGGCAGAAAGAAAUUUCAGGGUUCCUCGUGAAGACAAGUGCCUCCGAAGAUGAGAAUGGACAGCAGCCAUCUGAAACGGCAACUAGUUCUGAUGCAUCUGACAGCAGCGCAAGUGGCAGCUCAUCUUAGUAGUUACGGCUUUCUUGUUUUUACUUACUGACUCAUCCUGCAAGUCAUUUCACCAUAUGUGCUGUAUAUAUAUGCUUUGCAACGGAUUGUGAAUAAAGAACACUACAGGCAUCUGCAA